UUUGAAUAAUAAGGAAUUAGGCAAUAUUAGCUCCUCGGAAGCAUCAACUUUACUAUCAAGUUGUUCUCCACUACAUGAUUUGAAGAGUAUUUCCCCCCAAAAAAAAAAACAUGAUUUGAAGAGUACUCUAGAACAAGGUGUUUCUAAACAAGUUCAUUUUGAUCUCUAAUCUCAUCGACCUUGAUUGGAUUGUAUUCUGAUUUCUGUCCGACAGUCCAACGCAGAACAAUUCUCAAAGUCUUUUCAUAUCUAUCAGCUAAAGCAAAUUCAGGAAGCUCCCUUGUUCAAAGGAUAAAUAUAAGAUGGGGGAGAUUGUUGUGGGAAUUCUAGGUCCAGUAAUGCAACUUGGUCAGUGGGUGUGGACUCCUGUGAAGCGUGGGAUGAGUUACAUGGUUCAUUACAAGAAAAAAUUACAGUCUCUUGACCUUCAAUUUUCUGACCUUGAGGUGAAGUGGAAUGAUCAUAAUGAAUCUGUGGCUAGUGCUCGAACGGGUGGACACCAAAUCAAGCGUGAGGUUGAAGCAUGGCUAACAAAAGCUGAAAAUGCCAUGGGAGAUGCGAGAGAAUUGAAAGAUGAAGCUGAAGCAGGUGAAAAGUGCUUUAUAGGAUGGUGUCCGGAUUUGAAAUGGCGUUACAAUUUGGGGAAGAGAGCAUGGAAUCUGACAACAACACUAAAGAACCUGGUGGAAGAGGCAGAAUUUGAGACUGUUUCACUUGAAGUUCGACAACCACUUGAAGUUCAGCGCUUGAUCUCCACUGAAGGAUUUGAACCAUUUGAAGCAACUAGACAAGGCAUGUAUGAAGUCAUGAACGCGCUGGAGAAAGAUGAGAUCACAGCCAUUGGUGUCUAUGGAAUGGGUGGCAUAGGGAAAACAACUGUGGUGAAACAGGUUGCUAGACAAGUGUGUAAUGGACUCUUUAAUCGUAUGAUUAUGGCUGUUGUCUCUCAGAACCCCGUGGUGAUGCAAAUUCAAGACCAACUUAAAGAUAUGCUGGCCUUGAAUUUGCAUGAAACAACAGAAAUGACAAGAGCAGCUAGACUGAAGAAGACGAUAAUAGAAGCGGGAAAGAAGAUCCUCAUAAUCUUGGACGAUAUUUGGGACACAAAGGUUUUGUCUGACGUAGGAUUGGUAGGAAUUCCUAGCCACGACGAGCUUAGAAGAUGCGGUUCCAAAGUCAUCCUUACCACAAGAAGAAGCCAGAUUUGUCAUGCCAUGGGGUGUCAAGUGGUGAUCCGUCUCAACAUAUUAUCAGAAGAUGAUUCUUGGAAGUUGUUUGUGAAGACUGCUAGAAAUGAGUCUCUUGAGUCAACCGAUUUCUGUGAGGUAGCAAAGCAAGUAGCUAAUGAGUGUGGUGGCCUCCCAGUUGCAUUGAUAGCAGUUGCAAGGGCACUUGGAGAUAAAUACCAGUUGAAAGAAUGGCAAGAAGCAGCACGACGACUAAAGAAUUCCCAACCUGCAAGUGAUGAUGAUGACGGACGUGUGCUCGAAUGUAUGAGGUUAAGUUAUGAUUUCUUGAACAGCGAGGAUGCAAAAUCAUGCUUCUUGCUUUGUUGCCUCUUUCCAGAAGACUAUGAUAUCCCAGAAAAUGACUUGAUCAAGUAUGGACUGGGGAAAGGGUUGUUUCGGGCGGACACAUUUGAAGAUGCCAGAAGCAGAGCGCAUUCGGUGAUCAACUACCUUAAAGCUUCCAACUUGCUUUUGGACGGUGAAAGGGAUGAAUUCGUAAGGAUGCAUGAUGUCAUUCGGGAUAUGGCCAUGUUAAUAGCAUCAUCUGAAUAUGAUGGUGGAUUUUUGGUCAAAGCUCGAACUGAAAUGACGGUUUGGCCAAGUAAUGCAGAUGAACGCCACUCUGCAAUCUCUUUAAUGAAGAACUAUAUUGGGAAGCUUCCUGAAGAGUUGGUAUGUCCAAAACUCCAGAUUUUAUUACUGCAAGAUAAUGAAUAUAUAAAGGAGAUCCCAGAAACAUUUUUUGAAAGUUUGAAUGAGUUAAAGGUCUUAGAUCUCAGUCGCACUGGUAUUUCGAUCGUACCAGAGUCUUUGAGUCUGCGGACCAACCUCCAAGCAUUAUAUCUAGAUGAUUGCCAGUCAAUAAGGUAUGUAUCUCUACUGGGAAAACUGAAGAAACUUGAAAUUCUUAGCCUGAGAGGUUCAGCCCUUGAGGAAUUACCUGAAGGGAUAGGAAAUUUGGCUAGGCUAAAAAUGCUUGAUCUUAGUGGGUGUCGGCGCAUUAAGAGAAUUCCAUCCAAUUUGAUGUCAAGGUUGUCCAUGUUAGAAGAACUAUACAUGCAAGAUAGUUUUCAGGACUGGGGGAGUAAAGUUGAGGGAGAAGGAGAAGAAACCAAUGUUGGAUUUGAUGAGUUGAUUAGCCUGUUACGCUUGAAAGUUUUGGAGGUUGACAUAAUCGAUGCAAAGUGCUUGCCUGAGAAUAUAGCCAACAAUAAUCCCGAUUGGGUGAAGUUUCACGUACGUGUCGGAGGUCCCAACAUAUCCAAAAUAUUUUCGGUUUAUCUAGGGGGUCGGCGCAUAAUGAAAGUUCCCAAGUCACUGAAUUCAAAAGUGUUGGGCCUGAACACUACCAUUAACACCUUGCCCUGUUGGUUCAAUAGUGCUGUUACCCAAAAAGCCCAGACACUUUGAUACACGAAGUGUGAGGGCUUGAAUAACAUUCUAGUGGAAUAUGACCAUGGAAAUUUACUCGGACUUGAGUGUCUACUUAUCGCAGAUUGCUAUCAAGGUGAAACUUUGAUGGACACAACAACAAGGGUUCCAAUUGCGAAUAAACCUAUGUUCGAGAAUCUCAAAGUCUUGCAUGUGAUGGAUUUGAAAAAUUUGAAAGAGUUGUGUGUCGGUGAAUUACCACAUGGGUCUCUGGGCAAUCUGAGGUCUUUGGUGGUUCACACUUGUUGGAACUUGUUGAAUCCACUUCUUCCAUCAAAUUUGUUGAAAAGAUUGCAAAAUCUAAAAACACUUGCUAUUCAAGGUGUGACAUGUGCGGAAUAUGUGUUUGGGUCAGAAGAUUUUGGGCAAGAACAAAUUGAGUUGGAAAAAUUGAGAUUGUGGGGUCUAGAGCAACUGGAAAACAUAUGGAGGGAUCCUACUGGUUAUGCAAUCAUCCGUAACCUUCGAUGUUUGGAAGUUUCACGAUGCGACAAAUUGAAAUAUGUCUUCACAUAUGAUGUAUCUCAAUGUCUCUUGCAAUUGGAGAAGCUUAAUGUAAAUUGGUGCGGUUGUUUGGAGAUGAUCAUUGGACCAGGCGACGGAACAGUGAAAAAAAUAGUUUUGCCAAAACUUAGAAUCUUCAAUUUCUUCGGUCUUCCACAGCUCACAAGCUUCUACAUUGGAAAUGACGAGAUUGAGUGUCCGUCAUUGGAAGCCUUAACUGCGUUUCAGUGCCCACAGUUUCCAACCUCUACUUACAACUUCCACAGCAGGAACCGAGUCAAAAUUGUUACAGGAUGAACAAUCACAUGCUCAAAUUGCUUCAAGAAGAGAAAGGGAAGGUGACAUCCAAUGGCCCUGAAGAAAAUGAUGUUCAAUUGGCUUUUCACUCUUGGCAAGAUGUACUGUUUCUUUUCAGUCGUUCUUCAAUUCGUUUGUGUUCGUUGAAUUUAUAUAUGCUAUCGAUGCACUUAUGUUAAUUUAAUUUUGUGUGCAUUGUAAUGUUCCUGUUCUGUUUGCUAAGGUCUCAACUUACGUGGACUGAUCAUUCAGGUCUGAUGUAUACUUGAUCUUUGAGAAGUGCAAAGAAGCCAUUCUAUUUGUAAACCUACUCUGUUUAUCUGGCUUUUUGGCU